AUGACCAAGAGCAACCUCCACGCCGAGGUCGACGUCCCCGUCGCGGGCAAGAUGACCAUCCCCACCGGUCUCUUCAUCGACAACGAGUUCGUCCCCUCUUCCGACGGCAAGACGUUUGACACGCUCAACCCCGCGACUGGGGAGAAGAUUGUCUCCAUCUCGCACGCGACCAAGGACGACGUCGACGCGGCCGUCAAGGCGGCGCGCAAGGCCUUCAAGACGACGUGGGGCAACAACAUUGCGGCCGAGACGCGUGGCCUGCUGAUGAACAAGCUCGCAGACUUGCUGGAGCGGGACGCGGAGAAAUUCGCCGCCCUCGAGUCCUACGACAGCGGGAAGGGCAUCCGGAUUGCGCGCGAGAGCGACGUCGCCGACUCGGUGGCUUGUAUCCGGUACUACGCCGGGCUGGCGGACAAGAUCCACGGGCAGACGAUCAACUCGUGGGGCGGCGAGAAGUUUGCAUACACGCUGCACCAGCCCAUUGGCGUGUGCGGCCAGAUCAUCCCGUGGAACUACCCCCUGCUCAUGCUUGCGUGGAAGAUUGGCCCCGCGCUCGCGGCCGGGUGCACGAUCGUCAUGAAGCCUUCGGAACUCACGCCGCUCACUGCGCUCCUUGUCUGCGAACUCGUCAAGGAGGCAGGCAUCCCCGCCGGCGUGCUCAACAUGGUCCCCGGCCUGGGCGCGACGACGGGCGAGGCCAUCUCGCGCCACAUGGACAUCGACAAGGUCGCCUUCACGGGCAGUGUGAUCACGGGGCGCAAGAUCAGCGUCGCGGCGGCCGAGAGCAAUCUGAAGAAAGUCACGCUCGAGCUGGGCGGCAAGUCGCCGAUGCUCGUGUUCGACUCGGCCGACGUGGAGGAGGCAGCCAACUGGGCCGCGCUCGGCAUCUACUUCAACUCGGGGCAGGACUGCUGUGCCUCCUCGCGCAUCUACGUGCAGGAGGGCAUCUAUGACAAGUUCCUGGACGCGAUGAAGCGGCGCGCCGAGGCGGCGGCCAUCGGCGACCCGGCCGACGAGAAGACAUCCUUCGGGCCCCUGAUCAGCGCCCAGCAGCGCGACAAGGUGAUCAACUACAUCGAGUCGGGCAAGCAGGAGGGCGGGCGCAUCGUGACCGGCGGGCAGAAGUGGGCCCAGUCCAAGGGCGGGUACUACGUCGAGCCCACCGUCAUUGCAGACGUCAAGCCCGACUUCAAGGUCAGCCGCGAGGAGAUCUUUGGCCCCGUGUGCGUCACGGCCAAGUUCAAGACGGAGGAGGAGGCGAUCGACAUCGCCAACGACACGACGUAUGGCCUCGGCGCAGGCGUGUUCACGAACGACGCAAGGCAGAAGACCCGCGUCGCCGCUAAGAUUGACGCGGGCACGAUCUGGGUCAACCAGUACGGGCCCCUCCAUGCCGGCGUCCCCUUUGGCGGAUUCAAGCAGAGCGGCAUCGGGCGCGAGCUCGGGACGUACGGACUGGACGCGUAUGUGCAGAUAAAAGCAGUUCAUGAGAAUUUGUCGCAGGAGCUCGAAUGGCCGCUGUAG